AUGAUGUUUUCACAUCCAAGCAUGUCUACCGCUGUGGCAGCCAAAGCAGAGGUGCCCCUGGCACAAUCCUUUGCCAUGUUGGCCAAUGGAGAGUUCUGCGACGUCUCGCUGCGAGCCAAUGAUGGAGUGCUCAUACCUGCCAAUAGCAUGGCCUUGUCUGUUCGCAGUGGAUACUUCAAGAGCCUGUUCCAAAAGAGACGAUCCAAGCAAGGCAAAAACAGUGGCUAUGUAGUACCUAUUGGACUUUCCAGCAACAUUCUAUUGGCUAUUGUGGAGUACAUCCAUACGGAUACACCCAGUAUCUUGAGGGAGAUGACCAUUGACGCGAGAUCCACUGGCAAGCCUACUGUCGACUUCAUGAAAAAGUUCCAGGAAUUGCUGCCGCUGACAGAAGCAGCCAUUUCUGUUGGAUUGCCGGGGCUGUAUCAAAAGGUGCAGUUUUGUCUCUCCUCCAUCCUCGCGGUCUGUCCUGGACUGACCUUUGCCAUUUUGGCAGCAUCGAAGCAAGAGGGUCCUGCCAUUUCGAGGGAACUCGAGAAACAGGCCCAGAAAGUGGUCGGCUCGGUCAUUCCCGUACCCGAGGCACUGAAUGAAAUUGUACUGGGGGGCAUUGACGUUGACACUCUGAGGGCCAUCCUUCAAGACAUUCAGCGUGAAAACAAACUGGACGUCCUCGGUAUUGAUUUCCUGCUCAGCGCCUGGUCAGAAAGCAACCCGUCCAUACCCGAUGAAACCAAAGAACAUCGAUUAGACGAGGCCAAGUCCUUGAUGCAUCAUGUGGAACUUGGAUGUUGGCCGCUGCAGUGGAAGCAUACCGGAUCACAAAUUUUUGCCAGUGGCAUACGCUGGAAUUCGGAUUGCUUAGACUUUGUUUGUGGUUUAGGUGGAACCUAUCAGUGGACGGUCAACACAGAUGCUACUUCUAACAAGAAAAUGUUUGGCUCUCACAUUUGGCUUGGCGUGAUGAAGAAGAAAUCCACUGGUGAGGAUACUAUUAGCUUUGAUAUACCCGAGUAUUGUGGCCAACAUACGGAUUGUUGGGGUAUCUGCGGACCAAGUUCAGAUCGUGAUGGUCCGUUGUCCGGUCACGCAGCCAGGCUUUUUGGAAAGAAUGGAUCACGUAAUGUCAUCACGAUGAGCCUGGACUUGUCAGACAACAAUAGAAGCAACGGAUCCCUUUCCAUCUCCGUUGACAGACAACAAUCCAUUCGAGUGGUUUCCAACCUGCGAGCUCAUCUGGAAGGGGCCGUUGGCUUUGUGCCGGCUGUGUCGUGCAUGUUUGCAAGUGUCAACAUUGUCAGUUUCCGGAAAUUGACAUACAACGAUCGAUAG